AUGUCAAGGGACCCACAUCAUUUACUGCCUUACGAGCGGUUGAUAACACAGUAUGUCAAACAUCGCCAGGCUUGCCAUCUCAGAGGUCUUCUGGAAGAUGAUGCACACUGGGAUACCACUCUGACAGAGGCACAAAUGUGCAAGUCUCCUAUGCAGCUGAGAAACCUCUUCUCCAUCAUGCUGGUGAAUUGUGGAUUGUCAAAUCCAAAUCAACUUUGGGACAAAUACAAGGAGGGGCUUUCUGAAGACAUUCUUCAAAGAAUUCAAUAUCAGCGUGACGGUGAUGUCACAUUCAAUGAUGACAUCUUCAAUGAGACAUUAAGAUUAAUAGACGACAAGGUUCAAUCACUGGGUGGAAACAAACUUGAAAUCUAUGGUCUUCCAGCUCCUCCUGUCAGAGAUUAG